AUGGAAAACUAUUUAAUAGUUGAACUAAUAGGCGAGGGAUCGUUUGGCAAGGUUUAUAAGGCGAGACGGAAGGGGACGGGCCAAGUUGUGGCGAUGAAGUUCAUCGUGAAAAAAGGUAAAAAUGAUAAGGAGCUCCUAAAUCUUCGUAGUGAAAUAGAAAUUAUGACAAAGCUUGAUCAUGAUAAUAUAAUUACUUUGUUUGAGGCGUUUGAAACCCAACAAGAGUUUGUUGUGGUGAUGGAAUACGCCCAAGGGGAGCUGUUUGAAAUUCUUGAAGACGACAAAAAGCUUCCUGAAGACGUUGUUCAACGUAUUUCGAAGCAAUUGGUCCAGGCACUUUAUUAUCUGCAUUCUAACCGUAUUAUGCAUCGGGACAUGAAACCCCAGAACAUUCUUAUUGGCCAGAAUGGCUCAGUUAAAUUGGCUGAUUUUGGUUUUGCUAGAUCAAUGAGUUAUAACACCAUGGUGCUUACAAGUAUUAAGGGAACACCCCUUUAUAUGGCACCGGAACUUGUCCAAGAGCAACCAUACAACCACUGUGCGGAUUUGUGGUCCCUUGGAUGUAUUCUUUACCAGUUGUACUAUGGGAAACCACCAUUUUGCACAAAUCAUCUUUACAAACUAAUUAAUCAAAUUGUCAAUGAUCCCGUCAAAUUUGAAGAACCUAUAUCACCGGAUUUCAAGUCCCUUUUAAAAGGUCUUUUGACAAAGUCCUUUUCGGCGAGAUUGAAUUGGCCUCACUUAUUGAACCAUCCUUUUGUUGCUUUUGGUGAGGAGGAUGGAAAGUGGCAGAAGACAAUUAAAGAACACGAAAUGGUAAUGAAGGAACAUAUGGACCGAUUGGAGUGCUUUCGACUCCGCGCUCAGCCAAGCAGAUUUCAGCCCAACUCUUCAGGGCAUACACCUCGCUCUACCGGGGUCUCGCGCCAGUCCUCCUUGGGUUCCAAGGAAAGUUGUUUAUUUUCUGCUUCUUCGAUAGAGAUUAUUUCUUCUUCAAAAAAUUCACAGGAAAUCAUUGAAACUUUCAAGGGGCUUGCGACAGCAGCUGAUACAUUAACAUCAUCUCCUUCACAAAGUACUCUCUUGCUGGAAAGAAUUCCACAAAUGGGUAUUUUAGGACCUACACUAAGGCGGAUCAACAAUGGGCAAACGAUAGAUAUAGUUCGCUAUGCAUUAGAAUUCAUUCGGAUACUUGUGUUUCCUGAAAAUGGAUCUGUUUUUCCAUUUCCAUCACAGUAUCCUUCGGAAAAUAUAAUGAGCGCCUUGCAAAGUAGAAGUGAAUUUCCACCAUUUGAUUUUCUUAUACGACAGCAAGUAGCCUUGGAGCUCAUGGAAAAACCCCAGGAGGCACUUGAUUUUAUGAUGAACGAAUUCAUUGAGAAUCGGAAAAAUCUUCGUGAGGAUUGUGUUAAGGUAAUUUUUCAAUGUGUAAAAUGGGGAACUGGGUUUGGAGCUGCACUGAUCAAAAUGAAGAUUUUCCCCAUUUUUUGGGCUUCGUUACUUGAUUCCGUAAAAGAAUCAACAGUAAGAAAUGGAAGUCCUUUUCAGCUUUACGCGGCAGUUGCAUUUCACACAGUUUCGGCUUUGGUCCCGCAUAUAAAGUUGUCUUCUCCCGACCAAAUAAAUGCACAUAAGGUUUCUGAGUUUGUGUCUACUGGAUUGACAGCUGUUUGCUACUACGACCCGUCUGCAAGUGGUGAUAUUGCUGCGCUUAAUUGUGCAGCAGCAGCAGCUUUAUUGGUAGCCUUCGUGCACCGGGAGAUGAAGGAUACCAUUGUUUUUGAACCAGACUCUAUAUUGAUGGAUGGCUUGUGUGCUAUCGUAGAUGGUGUUCGUCGAAUUUCGGAUCAGCUUGUGGUGUCACGUGCUCUUGGGACAAGUUAUGGGUUUGCUGAUUAUGGGUUGUUAGACGGUGUGACGCAUAUGUUGUCGGUUGUUUUUUCGGACCCAAAGUCAAUCGUGUAUCAACAAAAUUUGAAUUCCUUAAAUAGAAAUUUUCUUGACAAUGACAAGUGGGGGUCACUUUGUACAGUGAUUGGUCUCCUCCGUGAUAGCGAUUCCAAGGUUGAAUUGUCACCGAACGGCGUGUUGGCCGCACUUCGUUGUGUUCAGCAGGCUUUGCAGAACCAACAAGAAGGAAUGCAAUCAAUGAGCCUUUUGAUAGAGUCUGUAGAACCUUACUAUGGAGAUGGUGGCGGCCCGAUUUCCGUAAUUGCAAUUGUUUGUCGUCAGUUAAGAACAAAAUAUCUCAAGCAGCUUCGUUUGUGGCCGGAAUAUAGAGGAGGGGGAACUGUAGGGGUAAAUGCCCAUCUUACAAUAGUUGUUCAGAUUCUGUUGGUGACGUUUCAGCCGGCAAAGCAAGGUUCUAGAUCGGAUGAUGAUACUAUUGCUGCUGUACAGCAAGUUCUUUACAAGGAAGGGGUUAUGGAAAUGCUUAUUGCUGCGCUUGAUUACACAGAAGUAGCGUUUUGGGGUCCACCAUUUACGGUCAUCAUAAAGCUAGUUAUGGGUUCACCAUUAUUUGCCAAGGCGUUUGUAGAAGGAGACGGUUUGCAUCCCGAACGGAUAAGGAAAGUCCUGGAUUCAAGAAAGGCGAGUAUUGGUCUUGUUUCGGACGGACUUAACGUGCUUUCACAACUGGCUCGUAUAUCCAGGGAUUUUUAUCCGCCAAUUCAUAGCGCAAAUUUGUAUGAAAGCUUUCUAGAUCUUAUGCGAAACAGAGAUGCGGGUAUUCGGAGCAAGAUGUGUAACCUCCUUGGAAAUCUGUGCAAACAUUCCCCAUAUUUUUACGAACCCCUGGCAAAACACAAACUGAUCGAGGCUCUUGUCGAGCGGUGUAGCGAUGAGGAUCCCACAACACAAAAGUUUGCAGCCUUUGCCGCCGGCAACGCAGCCUUCCACAACGAUUUUCUCUAUGAAAUUCUUAGGCCAUCGAUCCCAGUCAUUGUGAAACUCUUGUCUAGUAGUGAUGAGAAGACAAGACAAAACGCUGCCGGUGCGGUCAGCAAUUUUGUGCGAAAUGGUGGCUCACUCACUUCUGCAUUAAUGGGGAACAGCGUUGUGGAGGCUCUUCUGCGGAUCCUAAGGAAAGACAAGGUGGGGCUAAGGAAAAUAGCUCUUAUUACUAUAGGCUCUUUUUGUGCAUAUGAGGAGUGUAAAAAGAAGUUUUUGUGGUUGGGGUUGGAGGAUGCUUUAACGCAGCUUGAACAGAGCGAUGCAAUUGAAGCUGAGCCUUCAAUAGCAAAGUAUGUUACGAGGAUCAAGCAGCGAAUCGGUUCAUCGUGA